UUAGACAGCCGUUAGUGAGCCGUGCAGGUGGACGGACGAGUUUAGGUUAGCUUACUUACAGUAGUAAUUGUGUCCAGGUUAGGUGUUCUGAUCCUAGCUUAACUGUAGGAGUCACUUAUAUCACUGUAAAAUUACGGUUGGAUCCGGAGGACGUCAUAAAUCAAGUGUGUGUCAUCAUGGCUCUGGCUUCUCCGUGCGCGCUCCUGUCUGAUGAGGAAGAGUGCGGGGCUGUGUUUGAGUCCACCGCUGCUGAUCUGGGAUCUGUGAUGAGAUCUCAGCGCUUUGUGUCUGUUCUCCCGGAGAUCUCCGUCAUCAGCCCCGAUGCAGACCCCCGUACACACCCCACAGAGAUCACGGCUGAUGUCAGUAGACAAGGCAGCGCUGACGACGGCUCCGAGAAGCUGAAGGUUUUCCUGCGGAUCCGUCCUCUUACUGACGCAGAGAAGGAGCGAGGAGAGGAGCAGGGUUGUGUGAAUGUUCAGUCUGAGGACAGUCUGCUUCUCCGAGCGCCGAAAGACUCCCGUAACAUGAAGAGUGCCGAGAGAGGCGUCGCUCAGAGCCUGCACAAGUUCAGCUUCACCAAGAUCUUUGGGCCGCAGAGCUCUCAGCAGGAGGUCUACGAUCACACCGUACGGGAGAUGGUGCGAGACGUUCUGCGUGGAGAGAACCGGCUCCUCUACACGUACGGCGUGACCAACUCGGGCAAAACCUACACCAUACAGGGUGCGGGUGGAGAGGUGGGUCUGCUGCCGCGAGCGCUCGUCUCCGUCUUCCUGAAGCUGUCUGGACGGCUGUACUCCGCCAUGGACCUCAAGCCCGUGUUGAGCCAGGAGGUGCGCAAACUGGACGCACGAGAGGUCCGCGCUGAGGAGAUGCGGCGGGACGCUCUGCUGAGAGAGGUGGAGAGCAGCGCUGGAGCUCCGUCCCGGCUGCGAGCGGGUUUGUCCUGGGACAGUGGCGUCAGUGGACUCUCAGUGACCAGUCACAUCACAACACAGCUGGAGGACUCGGACGGAGUGUGUCUGGAGACGAAUGGUUUGUGUCUCAGCGGUGGAGAGGAUCUUGAGGAGGGUGUGCAGUUCUCCAUCUGGGUCUCGUUUUAUGAGAUCUACAACGAGUUUCUUUACGAUCUCCUGGACACGUUACCUUCACUUCAGUCCCACAAGAGAGCCACGCUACGCCUCAGCGACGACAAACAUGGAAACCCUUACGUGAAGGAUCUGACCUGGAUCCAGGUUCAAAGUGCAGAAGAGGCCUGGAAAGUGCUGAAAGUUGGACAACGCAACCAAAGUUUUGCCAGCACUCACCUAAACCACAACUCCAGCCGCAGCCAUAGUAUCUUUACCAUCCGUGUUCUACAUGUCAAGCCUCAAGCGGAGCUGGGACAGGUGACCAGAAUCAGCGAGCUCUCGGUGUGUGACUUGGCAGGAUCUGAGCGCUGUAAAGCCCAGCAGAACGGCGAGAGAAUGAAGGAGGCGAACAACAUCAACACGUCUCUGCUGACGCUGGGCCGCUGCAUCACUGCUCUGAGACACAACCAGAACAAUAGGUCACGGCCUCCGCUGGUGGUGCCCUUCAGAGACAGCAAGUUAACCAGGGUCCUGCAGAGCUUCUUCUGUGGUCACGGCCGCUCCUGCAUGCUGGUCAACAUUAACCCCUGCACCUCCACAUACGACGAGACGCUGCAGGCGCUCAAGUUCUCUGCCAUCGCCACACAGCUGGUGCACGGGCCGUGCAGUAAGACACGAGUGGCCUACAUCCUGUCCCUGCUCCGAGAGCAGCAUCCCAACACCACUGUACUGGAGCAGGAGGAAGAGGAGGACGACAGUGAUGAGGAAGGAGACAUCACCAUGUUUGAUCCUGAAGCGCUGCUGAAGGCCAUCGAUGUUCUGAAGCGUGAAGUGCUGCGUCAGCGGCAGGAGAAAGAGGAGCUGGAGGCUUCUGUGCGAGAGCAGGUCUGUGCGGAGAUGAUGGAGGUCAUCAGCCGCAUGCAGGACGACUUCAGCGAGACGCUGGAGACCGAGAGGGACCUGAUGGAGAAGAGAUGUGAGAACAAACUCAACAACCUGAAGAGCAGCCUGAAGAAAUACUACAGCCAGGAGCUGGAGGAGCGAGACGAGGAGAUCCGAGAGCUGGCUGCUGCUCUGAAGGAGAAGGACGAGGGUCACGCCGCCCCAGCGCCCAUCUUCCCUCCUCUGAGUGACGUCAGUGGUCCUCGGCGCUCGCGGCGCCUGGCGUCCACACACAAGAGAGACCCGGACCACGAGAGCGUGGAGCUGACGCAGUGUAAAGCUGAGCUGGAGCAGUGCCGAGCGGAGCUGGACCUCACACACACAGAGCUGCGUCUGAAGACUCUGGAACUGAAGCGUCUCCAGGAGAACCUGCCUGUGACGAGCACCACAGGAACCCUGACCUCUACAGCCGAGCGCAAGCUGCAGGAGGGCCAGCGGAACCUGAAGCAGCUGCGGAUGGAGCUCCAGAUGCUGGGUGUGAAGCUGCAGUCUGGAGAAAGAGCUUGCUGUCGUAACACCGACGGAGAGAAGCUCAGAAACGCUCUGUCCUCCGCAGACGGCAAACUCGCCAAACAGGAUCAGAUGCUGGUGGAGCUGCACACGAGUCUGCAGCUGGUCAAAGCAGAGCUGCGUAAGAAGGAGGAUCUUCUGUCGCAGCUCCAGCGCAGCCAGCCUCCUCCAGCGCCUGCAGCGUCCGGCUCCUGUAAGAAGAGAGGCUGUGGUGUGGCCGUGACUCAUGUGGAGAACCAGCCUCCUGAGAAGCGUCCCUUCUUCCGCUCGCUCUUCCCGUCUCGCACGCCCUCGCGUCAGCGUCCUGAGGUGGGCACGCCGUACACGCGUGUGCUGCGCUCGCGCCAGCCGUCCCCUCCGUCCACUCCCUUACAGCGCCGAGUCCAAUACUAGCAGACAGACACCAGCUUCAUCUCUGACAGGUUUAUAUUUCUGUCUUUAACAUGAUCAGGUGGACGUUUGAUGCAUGAAUGGGAUUUAUUUUAAUGGGAAUUUCCCCCCUUUUUUUGUUUCAUUUUAUGUUUGUCAUUUUGAUAACAUUUUAAAAGACUAUUACACAUUUUA